AUGGAAGCUGCUAGACAUAGAAGCCCUCCCACAAUCUCAAAUUGGGAAACCGAUAAAGACCACUGGGCGCCCGACGUUAUCCUGAGGGCAAGUGUCCCCUCGGCUUCCGGAGGCAACCACAAUGGAAAGCUGAUUGUUGAUAAAUCAUCAGGACGACGGAAAGUAUGUAAUGUACUACUCCGGCGAAGACAAAUCGAGCAUCGGGCACCACUGCGUCGGCACAGCCGUUGCAGACAAGCCAACGGGGCCGUACGUACCAAGCAAGAUGCCUCUGUCGUGUCGCCUCGACCAAGGUGGAGAUCAAUCGACCCAGCGGGCUUCAAGGACAAGGACGGCAGCCAAUACGUCGUCUUUAAAGUUGACGGCAACACGAUUGGACACGGCGGCAUCUGCAACAACGGCAUUGAGCCACUUAUUCCCACGCCAAUCUUGCCGCAGAAGGUUGCCAAGGAUGGUGUCAGACCCAUCGGUGAUGCAGUGCAGAUCCUCGAUCGUAACACUGCAGAUAAUGAUGGGCCGCUCGUUGAGGCCCCAAAUCUCAUUUUACAUGGCGAUACGUACUUCUUGUUCUAUUCGACGCAUUACUUUUUCGAUCCCAAAUAUGAUGUGCGCUGGGCGACCGUUUCGAGUAUCACCAGUCCCUAUAAUAAACGAAUGAGUCGAUGGUGA